AUGGCUUCUUCAGCCGCCAUCGUCUUCUCCGAAUUACCUUUUCGAUUUUCACCAAUCCGUAGCCACCGUAUUACCCGUUAUGCCCCUACACCCACCUCCGCCGUGUCUCUCCGACGACGCGGAGCACCUUCCCGCCGCGGACUCGCCGUGAAAUCGGCGCUGAUCGAGCCCGACGGAGGAAAACUCACCAACCUCGUCGUCGAGGAACCGAAGCGGCGCGCGAUGAAACGCGAGGCGGAGACGGUUCCGGUAAGGAUCAGGCUCAACCGCGUGGAUCUGGAGUGGGUACACGUGCUCAGCGAAGGCUGGGCAAGCCCGCUCCGAGGCUUCAUGCGACAGUCCGAGUUCCUCCAAACACUUCAUUUCAACUCGAUCCGGCUCGAAGACGGCUCCGUCGUCAACAUGUCGGUCCCGAUCGUCCUCGCCAUCGACGACGAUCUCAAGAGUCGCAUCGGCGAUUCCGACCGAGUCACGCUCGUUGACUCGUUCGGUAACCCAGUCGCCAUUCUCAGCGAUAUCGAGAUUUACAAGCAUCCAAAGGAAGAGCGCAUAGCAAGAACAUGGGGAACAACAGCUCCAGGACUUCCAUACGCAGAAGAAGCCAUAACCAAAUCAGGAAACUGGUUGAUCGGAGGCGAUUUACAAGUCCUCGAGCCGAUCAAAUACAACGACGGUCUCGACCGGUUCCGUCUAUCUCCGUCACAGCUCCGUGAGGAGUUCACGAGGCGAGACGCGGACGCCGUCUUCGCGUUCCAGCUCAGGAACCCGGUCCACAACGGCCACGCGCUUCUCAUGACCGAUACUCGCAGGAGACUUCUCGAGAUGGGUUACAAGAACCCGGUCUUGCUGCUGAACCCGCUCGGUGGCUUCACUAAAGCAGAUGAUGUGCCUCUCAGCUGGCGUAUGAGGCAGCACGAGAAGGUGCUGGAGGAUGGUGUUUUGGAUCCGGAGACUACUGUGGUCUCCAUCUUCCCGUCUCCGAUGCUCUAUGCUGGUCCCACGGAGGUUCAGUGGCAUGCUAAAGCUAGGAUCAACGCGGGAGCUAACUUCUACAUCGUUGGCCGCGAUCCGGCUGGUAUGGGCCAUCCGAUAGAGAAGAGGGAUCUUUAUGAUGCGGAUCACGGGAAGAAAGUGCUAAGCAUGGCACCAGGGCUUGAACGGCUCAACAUUCUGCCCUUUAAGGUUGCUGCAUAUGAUACAACACAGGGGAAAAUGGCCUUCUUUGAUCCAGCUAGGGCUCAAGACUUUCUCUUUAUAUCAGGAACUAAGAUGCGUGGCUUGGCGAAGAAGAAAGAGAAUCCACCAGAUGGUUUCAUGUGUCCGUCUGGUUGGAAAGUGUUGGUUGAUUACUACGACAGUGUCAACGCGGAGUCUGGUAAUGGAAGGGUUUCAGAAGCCGUCGUUUCUGCUUAA